AUGCAGCUAACUUUUGAAGUCGGGAGAAACCUAGUGGAUAUCCUGAAGCCCCAGGAGAAAAUGGAGAACCCCCAAGAAUCGGUUGGCCAGAGUGGCCAGUUUAGUGAAUACGGAGAAGUGCGUGUUAUUCUGGUGCGGGAUGAAGAAACACGCGACAGACUUCGAACGGAGCUUGGGAGGUCUUCUUUGGUAUUAACCAUUCUCCAGAGUAAGGGAAUGGAGUUUGAGGAUGUCUUCCUCUUUGAUUUCCUUAGCACAAGCCCGUACAGCCAUAAAUUCACAAUCUUGGAAGAGCUAUUCGAACAAAGGCAUCUUACAGGUAAAAUUUACCCCACAAAAAGUAUUAUUUUGGGGGGAUUGUCUGUCUCAUAAACUAACCCCUUUUAAUUCUCCAAGAUCCAUCUCCAGAAGACCGUUUAGGACCAGCAGGAUGGGAGGGCGAGGCCGGGAAGGGGAGCGAACACGAGCGGGGAGCAAGGCCGGAGCGCAGACACAACCCAUCUGCGCACCCCGGCGGCCAUGUGGGCUGGAUAAAAGAAAAUAUCGUAAGUGGCUAAUACAUUUUGUUGUAAAAGAGAUUCUAAUAGCUUCACAGGUGCUUUGCUCAGAAUUGAAGGUAGUUUUAUAG